AUUUUGUUUACGCAACUCGGUGGUCUGUGGAGUCACUGUGGAAUGAGGUGAUAUUAUGGUUAUUUAGUUUCUUACUAGGAUGAUCCGCAGAUGGCCUCAUGCCUAUUUCCUCUCUUGGAACCGAUUCCAGAAUAUAAGUUGCAGAUUAAUUGGGUACCAGUUAAGGAGCAAUAUAAAAGACUGCUAUAGCAUUCUAAAUGUUACUGAUGACAGUUCAGAUGACGAAGUGAAGGAAGCGUAUCUCAGGCUUGCCAAGGUCUAUCACCCUGACUCUGGAACUUCUUCAGCUGACCCUAGAAAAUUUAAUCAAAUUAAAGAGGCAUAUGUUGCAAUUAAGAGUCAUAGAACUGAUAGAAAUACCCCUGCAGACACAGACCAUCAAAUGGAGGAUGAUCUUGACUUUGACAUAAAACACACUGUUCCACAGCAUCGUCAGUACCUCAGCUAUGAUGGUGUUGGAUUUGGCACACCACUACAAAGACAAAAACAAUAUGCCCAACACAGAGUAAGAAAAGUCUCUGAAGAUUUGUUUGAGCACAAGAAGGCAAGAUGGAUGAAGCCUUCAGAAACAGCUUUGGUGAAUAAAACCAAAUCAAUAGCUCGGAGAAACAAAAUGAGUAAAACCAUUGACCGUGUGGUUGAGGAUUUGAUUCAAGAAUCCAUGCAGAGGGGUGACUUUGACAAUUUGGCUGGGUAUGGUAAACCUAUUCAAUACAAAGACAGAAACCCACUUGUGGAUGCCACCACUUAUAAGAUUAACCAGAUGUUAAAAGAUGAAGGAUUUGCACCAGACUGGAUUAUGCUAGAGAAAGACAUAAGGGAUGGUAUAUUAGAUUCAAGACAUAACCUUGCCAAAGUACUAGAAAGAAUAGGAACCCCUCCAUUUCCAUCCUCUCAUUUAGAUAAGGUUUGGAAGUAUGAAUGUGAAAAGUUCAAAGCCAACAUUUCUCUGAUCAAUGACAGUGUGAAAAAAUUCAACCUUAUUGUCCCUGUAAUGAAAAAGCAACUUAUACCUUAUUCCUGGGACAAGGAACGAGACAGAGUAAUGAAAAAUCAUAGAGAGUAUUUAACUGGUGCCCAUUCUAAGAGUGUUUCAUCCGAGUCAUACAGUAUUUCUGUAGAAAGAGAUAAAAUUAACAGUUUUGAUGGCUCUUUCAGGAGUCAAGACCCCAUGUCUAAUUCUUAUGAUAAUGUGAUUUUGUGGGGAGAAGUAUGGAAACAAAUUAAAUCGAUGUUUUCAUGGAAAAAAUCAAAAACUUCAUGAUGGAUGUUUCAAAAAUUGCAUUGAUUUUAAUUCUUGACUGAUGUGCAAUUGAAUUCAAAUUGCACCAUAUGAUAAUCUGUUGUUGAUUAUGUAGGUGGUACAUGUACUUGAAAUGAGAUAUCUGUGAUAAUAUUGAAUUUGUUGGUCAUUUUGUGCUUUUGUGUUAAUGUUACAUAAAGGUUCCUGUUUGUCAGAGUAGUGACUGCAUUUAAUUGGUAGCAAUAAGAUAUGGAGACUAGAUAAUAAAACAAAAAAAAACUUG